CGAACGCUCCCAGGUCGUUCCCAAGCAGUCGACACCGCGUAGUCCUAUGACUCCGAGAGAAGGGCAUAUACGUAGUUAACUCAUUUUGUGUCGGAAUAAGUUUCACACAAAGUGCCAUGCAUAAAGUCGCGUCCCUGGUGGCGCGUUCCGCGCCUUCGCUGUCGGUGAAGGGUGCCACUACUCCGGCUUUGGCAGCAGGUGCCCGUAACUUUCACUACACUGUUGGUGGUGUGAAGGCUGAGGCAAAGGUGUCAGAUGGAGUUUCACGAGACUACCCUGUUGUCGACCACACAUUCGAUGCUGUGGUUGUUGGAGCAGGAGGUGCCGGCCUGAGAGCUGCCUUUGGCUUGGUGGCUGAGGGAUUUAAAACAGCUGUCAUUACCAAGCUCUUCCCUACAAGGUCCCACACUGUUGCUGCACAGGGUGGUAUCAAUGCCGCUCUGGGCAAUAUGGAACCAGAUAAUUGGCAGUGGCACAUGUAUGACACUGUGAAAGGCUCAGAUUGGCUUGGUGACCAGGAUGCGAUUCAUUACAUGACACGUGAAGCACCAAAGGCUGUAACUGAACUGGAAAACUACGGUAUGCCCUUCAGCCGAACUCCCGAAGGAAAGAUCUACCAGCGUGCCUUUGGUGGCCAGUCUUACAACUUUGGCAAAGGUGGUCAGGCUCACAGGUGCUGCUGUGUGGCUGACAGAACAGGACAUUCACUCCUUCACACACUUUAUGGCCAGUCUCUUCGCUACGAUUGCAAUUAUUUCAUUGAAUACUUUGCGCUUGACCUUCUGAUGGAAGAUGGAGAAUGCCGUGGUGUUCUUGCCAUCUGCCUUGAAGAUGGAUCAUUGCAUAGGUUCAGGGCAAAGAACACAGUCCUUGCGACUGGUGGUUAUGGUAGGGCAUACUUUUCAUGCACCUCUGCCCACACUUGCACUGGAGAUGGUACAGCCAUGGUAACUCGGGCUGGUCUGCAAAAUGAAGAUCUGGAGUUUGUUCAGUUCCACCCAACUGGCAUUUAUGGAGCCGGAUGCCUGAUGACUGAGGGUUGCCGAGGAGAGGGUGGUUACUUGAUCAACAGCCAGGGUGAGCGUUUCAUGGAGCGCUACGCUCCUGUCGCUAAGGAUCUGGCGUCCCGGGACGUUGUCUCCAGGUCCAUGACCAUCGAGAUCCGCGAGGGCCGUGGAUGCGGCCCCGACAAGGACCACGUGUUCCUGCAGCUGCACCACCUGCCCCCAGAACAGCUGGCCACCCGUCUGCCCGGCAUCUCGGAGACGGCCAUGGUGUUCGCCGGCGUGGACGUGACCCGCGAGCCCAUCCCCGUGCUGCCCACCGUGCACUACAACAUGGGCGGCGUGCCCACCAACUACAAGGGCCAGGUGCUGAAGAACGACGGCUCGGACAGCAUCGUCAAAGGCCUGUACGCCGCCGGGGAGACCGGCUGCUCGUCGGUGCACGGUGCCAACCGGCUGGGCGCCAACUCCCUGCUCGACUUGGUGGUGUUCGGACGCGCCUGCGCCCACGCCAUCGCCGAGGAGAACAAGCCUGGAGAGGCCAUCGGCCCGCUCAAGGCGAAUGCCGGCGAGUUCUCUGUCGCCAACUUGGAUUCCGUGAGGUUUGCUGACGGUCAAGUGUCAACCGCUGAACUGCGCCUCAAGAUGCAGAAGUGCAUGCAGACCAAUGCUGCAGUGUUCCGAACAGCUGAAUCGCUGCAGGAGGGAUGCAGGCAGAUGGACGACAUUUACAAGCAUGUCAAGGACUUGAAGGUUACUGACAGGAGUUUGGUAUGGAACUCAGACUUGAUUGAAACUUUGGAGCUGCAGAAUCUUCUUCUGAAUGCCAUGCAGACCAUCUACUCAGCUGAAAACAGGAAGGAGAGCAGGGGUGCCCACGCUCGUGAAGAUUUUAAGGAUCGUAUUGAUGAGUAUGACUACAGCAAGCCCCUUGAGGGACAACAGAAAAAGCCCGAAGAUCAGCACUGGCGCAAGCACACUCUCACCCGUAUGGACCCCGACACUGGCAAGGUUACCAUCACGUACCGGCCAGUCAUUGAUGAAACCCUUGAUGCUAAUGAAUGCAAGACAGUUCCUCCAGCAAUAAGAUCUUAUUAAGUUAUUGCAAUUAGUAGAUUUUAAUCGGCUCAUUUCAGCAACAUUACGUGUCUACCAUAGUGCUCCUGCAACAUUUCCUCAUGCUUUGUUGUGUGUGAAGCCUAGGUCUCAGACUACUCUACUUACUAUUUACAAAUACCUGUAAAAUGAUGAACGAUGAUAAUGUACAAAAGCAGAUGGAAGACAGAAAUAUAUUAUGAGAACGAGAGUGUUUCUCUGAAUUACUGUGAAAUGUAUGAAUAAUUGACUUUAAGGCCCUAGUUUUCAAAAAUUUCAAUUCUGUAGUGCAUGCCAAAUACACUGUUACUAGUGCCCUGAACUAGAAAAUGUGAAUUCUUUAAUCAAUCCUUUAACCAACCUUUGAUUCAUGAAGCACAAUUUUAAGUUUGUUAUAAGACUAUGAUAACAUAUUUAUUUAUUUGUAAAGAUCUUUUAAACAUUUCAUUUUCAUUUUAUAGCAGAAUUUUAUCUUUCACCUCGCCUUUCACUCCAUGUGCAUACCAGAAAGAGGUGUUUAAAGUCAUAGUUAUAUCAAUUUUAUCAGCUGUAGUUUUGUGGAUGACACAUGUGGUUUUCUCUUUCAUCAGAAGAGCUCAUAAGCUAACACAGCAGCAAGGUGUUUGGAGUAUUUUGUGAUAUUGGUGUACUUGAGACAAUGUGAAGCAGUAUUGAAUCUAAGUGGCUAUAUUUGAAAGGUUUGGAGGCCAUGUAGGGUCUUGAGGUAUAGUCGCACCCUGUCCUUUAAUUUAUACUAGAUGCUAAGAUAUGUGUUGAAUUCUGUUGUAAAUCAUGAAUGUUUGCAAUUAUUUUGUAAAGUUCUUGUGAUGUGUAAAAUUCAUGAUCUGUUCCAAUACAGGUGAUGUUGCCUUGAAA